AUGAGUGAUGCAUCGGCACCGAAGCCCAGCAGCAGCGUCAAGCUGGUCCUGCUGGGAGAGGCUGCAGUAGGCAAGUCAUCGCUGGUCUUGCGCUUCGUAAACAACGACUUCCAGCCCAACAAGGAACCCACCAUCGGCGCCGCUUUCCUCACAAAGAAGAUCUCGCUACCUGCCCGCACCAUCAAGUUCGAGAUUUGGGACACGGCAGGCCAGGAGCGUUUCGCCUCGCUCGCUCCCAUGUACUACCGCAACGCACAAGCUGCUCUUGUCGUCUACGACCUCACCAAGCCAUCUUCGUUGGUCAAGGCUCGUCACUGGGUUGCCGAGCUGCAACGCCAGGCCUCUCCGGGUAUCGUCAUCGCCCUGGUUGGAAACAAGUUCGAUCUGUGUGGUGAGGAGGGAGACGACGCCGAAGAGGAUGUCGCUGCCGAAGCUGCCACUGGUGAAGACGAGGACGGUGCAGAUGCAAGGAAAGUGAGCACGCGCGAGGCCAAGUCAUAUGCCGAUGAGGAGAACCUGCUGUUCUUUGAGACUUCCGCGAAGAACGGCACCAACGUCACCGAGGUCUUUACCGCUAUUGCCAAUGCCAUUCCCGAGACGAGUCUCAAGGGCCCUAGAGGAGGCGCUGCCGCCGCCAGAGCUGGUGCUGGUGACGCUGCUGCCCAAGGUCAGGAGUCAAGGGUCAACUUGAACAGCAUCAGGGAAGCCGGCGCAAAGGAGGGUUGCGCGUGCUAG